CGGGAAUUCGUCUGCAUACCACGGCACAUACCUCGACCAGCAGCAAAUACCUGCUUGCAAACAGGGCUUGUCCCUUCGAACUUAAUCCCAGUUAACCUUGACGACAUCUAAUUAUUUAAUAAACAUGUCGCUCGUGGGCAACUUUACCUUCAACAACUACGAUGGUGAGAACCAACGUAGUGGUGUCAGUGCCCUUGGAGGUACUGCAUUCCACGAUGAACAUCACGACCAAGCCGACCACUCGACUCGGGAUACAUUGAACCCUAAUCGUCACGCCGAGCACUCACGCAUUCCUGCUUCUCGCCAAACCUCGAGGACAUUCACAACCGAACAGCCCGAUCUAUCACACUCUGGCAUUCACGAUGGCACAUAUUACCCUGACGGCAUCCCACCAUCAGAUGAGAAGGUUGAGCUUGAGCCAGCCGAGUCACCAUCAUCAUCUCAAAGCGAGGCCGCCUACGAAAGAGACGAGAAGGUUCACGAUCUUGCAAAGACAUUGAGCCGUACCAUGUCGCAAGCACCUGACGACCCAUUCACAUACGACGAGGAUUCGCCGCUGAAUCCCAAUGGGCCCAACUUCAAGGCCCGAGAAUGGGUCAAGUCAAUGUACAAGCUGGGUCAGAGAGAGGGCAUGCAACAACGUACUGCUGGUCUUGCUUUCAAGAACUUGAACGUCCACGGUUUCGGUGCCAGCUCGGAUUACCAAAAGACUGUGUCCAACAUUGCUCUUGAGGUGGUUGGAGGUGUCAAGAAGUUGAUGGGUCUUGAGAAGCCUAGAAGAAUUGAUAUUCUUCGCGACUUUGAGGGCAUCGUCAACCCUGGCGAGAUGCUUGUUGUUCUUGGUCCUCCGGGUUCUGGUUGCUCGACGUUCCUGAAGACGGUGACUGGAGAAACCCACGGCUUCAAUGUUGACGAAAAGUCUUAUCUCAACUACCAGGGUAUUGAAGCUAAGGAUAUGAACACGAAGUACAGAGGAGAAGCCAUCUACACUGCCGAGGUAGAUGUACAUUUUCCAAACAUGACCGUCGGUGAUACUUUGUACUUCGCAGCUCGCGCCCGCGCCCCCCGCGAUGUCCCUGGCGGCCUGUCUAAGGUCAGAUGGGCUGAGGCUAACAGAGACAUGAUGAUGGCCACCUUUGGUAUCUCGCAUACCAUCAACACUCAGGUUGGAAACGACUUCAUUCGUGGUGUCUCAGGUGGUGAAAGAAAGCGUGUUUCGAUCGCCGAAGCUGCACUGAGUGGCGCCCCUCUGCAAGCUUGGGACAACUCAACUCGUGGUCUCGACAGUGCUAACGCUGUCGAGUUCUGUAAAACCCUCCGCCUUUCUUCUGAGUUCUUUGGCACCACUCCCAUGGUUGCUAUCUACCAAGCUCCCGGAGCUGCAUACGACCUCUUCGACAAGGUCAUUGUUCUUUACGAGGGACGUCAAAUAUUCUUCGGCAGCGCCACUGGUGCCAAGGGUUACUUCGAGAACCUCGGUUUCGAUUGCCCUGAUCGUCAGACUGAUGCUGAUUUCCUCACCUCCAUGACCUCGGCUCAGGAGCGUGUAGUCCGCAAGGGCUGGGAGAACAAAGCACCCAGAACUCCUGACGAGUUCGCCGCUUGCUGGAAGGCUAGCCCCGAACGUCAACGCCUGUUGGAAGAAAUUGACGAGUUCGACAGAAAGUACCCCUUUGGUGGAGAAUCGACUGAGGUGUUCGCCGCAUCUCGCAAAGCACAGAAGGCCAAGGGUCAACGCACUGCCUCUCCCUACACUUUGUCAUACACUCAGCAAGUCAAGCUGUGUCUCUGGCGUGGUUUCCAGCGUCUGAGAGGAGACCCUAGUCUGACUUUCACUCAACUCUUCGGUAACUUCAUCAUGUCUCUCGUCAUUGGAUCCAUCUUCUACAACCUCGACAACGGCACCAACUCUUUCUACAGCCGUGGCGCCCUCCUCUUCUUCGCUAUCCUCAUGAACGCUUUCGGUUCCGCCCUAGAAAUUUUGACGCUGUACGCUCAAAGACCCAUCGUCGAGAAGCACUCUAGAUAUGCUCUCUACCAUCCUUCGUCUGAAGCUUUCGCUUCCAUGCUCACGGACAUGCCCUACAAGAUCCUCAACGCCAUCAUCUUCAACACUACACUGUACUUCAUGACGAACCUUCGUCGUGAACCUGGACCUUUCUUCUUCUUCCUACUGGUCUCUUUCUUCCUGACUCUGACCAUGAGUAUGUUGUUCAGAACUAUCGCUUCUGUCUCACGUACGCUCUCGCAAGCCAUGGCUCCAGCAGCUAUCUUGAUUCUGGCUAUUGUCAUUUUCACUGGUUUCACCAUUCCCACCCGCUACAUGCUUGGCUGGAGUCGCUGGAUCAACUACCUUGAUCCCGUUGCUUACGGUUUCGAGGCUCUCAUGAUCAACGAGUUCCACGGCAGACAGUUCCCAUGCUCGUCGCCCGUGCCAUUGUAUGGAACAUACGACCAGGGCACUCAAGUUUGUGCCACUGUUGGUGCUAUUGCUGGCCAGAACUUUGUUGACGGAGAUGCUUACAUCAAUUCUUCAUUCGCGUACUACCACAGUCACAAGUGGCGCAACUUCGGUAUCGUGAUUGCCUUCAUGAUUGGCCUUAUGUGCUUCUACUUGACUGCCACCGAAUUCAUCUCAGCCAAGAAGUCCAAGGGUGAAGUCCUGGUUUUCCGUAGAGGUCACGCGCCUGCUGUCCUUACCAAGAACAGCCCCGACGAUCUCGAGGCUGCUGGUGCCGCUCAGACUGUUGCUGAGAAGCAGCAUCACGACACCGAUCCCGCCGACAUCAUCCAGAAGCAAACCGCUGUCUUCCACUGGGAGGAUGUCUGCUACGACAUCAAGAUCAAGAAGGAAGACCGCAGAAUUCUUGACCACGUUGAUGGAUGGGUUAAGCCUGGUACACUCACAGCUCUCAUGGGUGUUUCUGGUGCCGGAAAGACUACACUUCUCGAUGUCCUUGCUACUCGUGUCACUAUGGGUGUCAUCUCUGGUGACAUGUUUGUUGAUGGCCGUCAGCGUGACGACUCUUUCCAGAGAAAGACUGGAUACGUUCAGCAGCAGGAUCUCCAUCUUCAGACUUCGACUGUCCGCGAGGCUCUUAACUUCAGUGCCCUCCUUCGUCAACCCGCACAUGUUCCUCGCAAGGAGAAACUCGACUAUGUUGAUGAGGUUAUUAAGCUUCUCGAUAUGGAAGAGUAUGCCGAUGCUGUUGUCGGUGUUCCUGGUGAAGGUCUCAACGUCGAGCAACGUAAGCGUUUGACUAUCGGCGUCGAACUUGCUGCUAAGCCUGAACUCCUUCUCUUCUUGGACGAACCUACUUCCGGUCUCGAUUCACAAACCUCCUGGGCUAUCUGUGAUUUGAUGGAGAAGCUCACUAAGUCCGGCCAAGCUAUCCUCUGUACGAUCCACCAGCCUUCCGCCAUGUUGUUCCAGCGCUUCGAUCGCCUUCUCUUCCUCGCCCGUGGUGGACGCACCGUUUACUUCGGUGAAGUUGGCCAGAACUCGCACGUCCUUACCGCCUACUUCGAACGCAACGGUGCACACAAGUGUCCUCCUGAUGCUAACCCUGCCGAGUGGAUGCUCGAGGUCAUCGGUGCUGCCCCUGGCUCUCACACUGAUAUCGACUGGCACCAGACUUGGCGCGACAGCGAGGAGUACCGCGGUACCAAGGCUGAACUUGAGAGACUUCGCACCCAACGCCCUCACGAGACCCAGCCCUCGACCGAUCCCAACGACCAGACCAGCUACCGCGAGUUUGCUGCCCCCUUCGGUGUACAGUUCAUUGAGGUCACUAAGCGUGUCUUCAUCCAGUACUGGCGUACGCCCAGUUACAUUUUCUCCAAGCUCGCUCUCUGUACUUUCUCCGCUUUGUUCAUUGGUUUCGUCUUUUUCAAGGCCCCCAACUCCCAGCAAGGUCUACAGAACCAGAUGUUCAGUAUCUUCAUGUUGUUCACUAUCUUCGGUCAGCUUGUACAGCAAAUCAUGCCUCAUUUCGUCACCCAGCGUGCUCUGUACGAGGUUCGCGAGCGCCCCUCCAAGACUUACUCCUGGAAGGCAUUCAUGUUGAGCAACAUCAUUGUUGAGCUGCCCUGGAAUUCUCUUGGAGCUGUCAUCAUCUUCUUCUGCUUCUACUACCCCAUCGGACUGUACCGCAACGCCGUUCCUACCAACGCAGUCACCGAGCGUGGUGGUCUCUUCUUCCUCUUCGUUUGGCAGUUCCUUCUCUUCACCUCGACCUUUACCAACAUGGUUAUUGCUGGUAUCGACUUGGCUGAGACUGGUGGUAACAUUGCCAAUUUGAUGUUCUCCUUGACCUUGAUUUUCUGUGGUGUCCUUGUCGGACCUACCGUCAUGCCUGGUUUCUGGAUCUUCAUGUACCGCGUGUCUCCCUUCUCCUACCUUGUCGACGGUAUGUUGUCUGUCGCCGUCGCCAACACCGACGUCGUUUGUGCCGACAACGAAUAUCUCAAUUUCAGAUCUCCCGCCGGCCAAACUUGCGGUCAAUUCAUGGGUCCUUGGAUCUCCAACUAUGGUGGCUACCUCCAGAACAACCAGACCUCGGACUGUCAGUUCUGCCAAAUUGCAGACACCAACGCCUUCUUGUCUGCAGUCAGCUCUUCAUACAGCCACCGCUGGAGAAACUUCGGCAUCAUGUGGGCCUUCAUUAUCUUCAACGCGUUCGCUGCUGUUGGUAUUUACUGGCUCGCUCGCGUGCCCAAGAAGGCAAAGAAGGCAAAGAAGGAUUGAGUGUUUUGCUUAACUUGUCUGUCUAGUCUAUGUUUUCUACCUCUCCACUUUGGAUGAAGGUGCCUUUUGCAUUUUUGGCGAUUCGUGUUCGAUUCAUCUAUUUGACCUGUCUAUACCCUGUCCUUUCCCUACACUACACUAGAGGAGCAUACAUUGCAAAAUUCGACAUUUAUUACUUCCUUUCAUCUCAGUGCUUAUGUUCUCGGGUGCUGUAUCGUCGAAUUUUCUGUGUGUCGCAAGUUUCGGUCAUUUUGAUAUUGCUCAUGCGCGUAGAGUCUCGCUUCUUCCAGG